AUGCCCAAUCCACAGUUAAAAUCAAUCCAUUCUACUUUGAACAAGAGAGAAACCAGCCCCUUGUUUGAUCCGAUUAUCUACAGGCAGACCAUCCAGUCAUCCCCUUCAUUGCUAUCCAAACUGACACUAACCCAAAGACUAGUAGCCCAUGAUGGAUGUGUAAAUACUCUGUCCUGGUCUGAAGAUGGCUCGUUGCUUCUGUCUGGGUCCGACGAUACUCAUAUUGCUUUAUGGAGAUAUUUGCCUGGUGACGACAAGCUUCCAAUUGCAUUCAAGGAAAUUGCAGGAUCUACUCGACUGGUUGCACGGUUGGCAACAACACAUACAGCAAACAUUUUCUCUGCUCAGUUUAUGCCCUUGACCAACACAACAAUUGUCACUUGUGCAGGCGAUGCCACGAUCAAGUUGUUUGACUUGACUCGAUCAUCCCAAUCGGUUACAACUAUUACUCUAACAUCUGAUGUGGUAACUACUAGGGUAUCAAACUAUCUCAGACAGACAUAUGAUUGUCAUACAGAUCGAGUCAAAAAGGUGGUGACUACUCGAUCUGAUCCGUAUUUGUUUUGGACGUGCUCAGAGGAUGGAACUGUCCGUCAAAUAGAUACAAGAGAAAGGGUACAUAGUUGUACCUAUCAAUCCUCUUGUGCAACUCCACUGAUUGGAUUUCAUCGACCCCUGAAUGCCAUGGAUAUUGAUGCGAGUGGGAGAUACGUUGCAAUCGGUGGUGACUAUCCUUCAGUGAUGCUGUUUGAUCGCAGAUACAUCAAAGAUUGUGUUGAGCAAUUUCGUCCUGAAGGAAUCAAAAGUAUCGACAAGGAUUCGUGCGUGUCUGGUAUUGCUUUUAGUAAAAAGGGUCAAGGCUCGAGAGAAUUGGUUGCGAGUUGGUUAAACUCAUUUGUAUUUUUAUUCCAGUGUGAUGAUCCCCAUACCCAAUCUAGUAAACAAAGCAGUCAUCCAGCUGGUCAGUUUGAAGACGCUCCCCAUACGACUAAACGACAGCAAACGCCUGAUGUAUAUAAUCAAGAGUACAAGCCUGAACAGACCGAUUCAACACACUCGUCCACCACAUUAGAGCAUAUUAAAACUGGCUCAGUAUCCAAUGACAUGUCUGAUUCUAGCCAAUGGGAGGACAUGUCUGAUUCUGAUAUGGAUGGACAUUAUGUUCAUUCAUACUGGAGCGAAGAUGACGAUGAUUUCCAGCCUACAUCUAGACAAGAAAGUCAUUCCAAACACAUAUCUGCGCCUUCUGUCAGCUACGCCCGUGCAUACAGAGGUCACUGCAGUUUGAAUACAGUCAAGGAUGUGUUUUUCAUGGGAGGUCGUGACGAAUACGUUGCGAGUGGGAGCGAUGAUGGUAGCGUGUAUAUUUGGGAUAGACAGUCUAGUAAGCUGGUAAGUUUGGUAUAUGGGGAUAGUGAGACAGUCAAUGUGGUUCAGGGACAUCCAUAUCUUCCUGUUAUAGCAGUUUCUGGGAUUGAUUCGUGUAUCAAGGUGUUUGAACCUGUUUCACCACUUGUUUCUACUGUUGGACCUGGGUUCAAUUGUAACCGUGUUGUUACAAGUGUGCAAAGACAACGAAUGCGACAGUAUGCGGACAUGAUUCAUCAGCAUGCACCAGCGUUUGAUAUGUCUGUUUCACCCAAUGCCAUUGGAGAUGACGACUUGGUGAAUGCUCGUGGAGCAGAACUGCCAUCUACAGAACAGAGGUUGAAUCAAAACGAGGAUCAAGAGCAUCAAAACAAUCAUAACAGUACUAAUGAGCCAAUGAGUCAUCCGUUGGUUGUAGACAUUGAUGAUGAGUUGGAGGAACUGGGAAGUAGCUCGCGUUCGUAUAUACCAUCGCUCAUCGAGGUAUUUCCUAGAAACGUGUGUACAGGACGACAUCCAUCGCUACCCAACGAGCUUUCUCAAUGUGAAUAUGUAACACGAUCAGGACAUAAAUGGAGCGGAGUAUCUAGUUUAAUGGAGCAUGCAGAGCAAGUGGUGACUGAAAAUGAGACUAGAAGAAGUCGAGGAUAUCAGCAGCAAGUGAUGCGAAGAGGGUUAAGACCAGGUCAAUGUCAUAUGCAAUAA